CCGUGAUCCACGCUUGACAGCCGUUGGGGGUGUCCACCCGCUCUGCCGCUGUCACUGCGAAAAUGGACCUUCUCAGGGUUUCCCUUCUUAUCUCGCUGCCUGGGCAAAGACCCUGACCAGGAGUCCAGGACAAACCCAAGAGAUUUUAGCUGCCUCGUGUCUAUUUUCUUCAUUUCCUCUUGCAACGCGGGGUACAGCCGCGGUUCCACUUUUCCCCUGCAGCUGCGAUGGACGUCACAUUCAUCACAAUCCACGAUUUGUCUCGUGACGCUUCGAUUCUGUAUGCCUCGGACAGCAUCCAGGUCGUACUCGGGUACCAGCCACCGGAGGUACUCAACCGCUCGUGCUGGGACUAUUUCCACCCGCAGGAGCUGCAAUUCGCCCGCAGCGUACAUGGCCGUGGCGUCAGACUUGACAAGGCCGCUGUCCUGAAUUAUUGCUCCAUUCGCCAUAAGAAUGGCUCCUGGGUGGGCUGUGAAUGUGUCUUCACGGUGGUUUACGAUGUCUUGAUCGCAAGUACCACAGUCUACGGCCGGGGGAGAGGUAGCCAAAAACGUGCCAUCGAUGCCCCGAUUGUUCGACAGCUCUUCGACUCCUCGCCCAAUGACCCUCGUUACCAUAUGCUUACAUUUAUCUCGGACAAAUUCUCGCGACGCCUUGCAGAGCCUCUCCAUGAACCACGGGCGGCUCUCUUCGUCAAUCGCUUUACCAGGACUGCGACUAUCAUGUACGCCACAAGUGGCGUGACUGAGAUUCUCGGGCUGAGACCACACCAGCUCAUCUCUAAAAGCUUCUUCUAUUGUAUCCAGGAGAGAUGCUUACGGGAUGCUGUACGUUGUCUUGAAAGUGCCAAGGCCAAUGAUUCGAUUGCGUACCUGCGGUUUUGGUUUCGCAACCCAUCGCUGGAUGACGAUGCAGAUGUGAAUAUGGGCGGGUACAGCAGUCCGGCUUCUGGUGCCACGACAGACCCGUACGCUGGAGUGGCGCCUCCUAUCGAGCUGGAAGCCGUCGUCUCGUGCACUUCGGAUGGAUUGGUUGUCAUCCUUCGUCGCGCUCGAGCUCCCAUCCCCAGUGCCACCCAUCCCCCUCAGCGGGUACCUAUCUAUUCCAACGGAAUCUUUGCAGCACCGUGGGCUCUCGAACCUGUCUACGCAUAUGGCACAGCUACUUAUCCCAAUGAUGGUCUUGCCAACCCAGUCUAUCCAGAGACCAAGUCCAGUCUCUGUCGAGAGAAUGCUUCGUCGGGCACGGCCACGCCGGCGACAAGCUCGCAAAGCUCGUCAAAUCAGCCCCACCCGGUUGCAGCAAAGUACGCAUCGUCCUACAGUCCUCACCACGGUCCUCAAGAAAAUCUCCUCAUGGACACUAUUCGGGAUGUGGCCGUCUUUGCGUGGGGUAUCAUUGGUAUCAAUCGCUCUUUGGAGCAGCAUAAAUACGGAUCGCCCUCAGGUAAUGCGCAUCCGGAUGCGAUGACGGAUGGUAGUUGGGAACAGUGAAGCCGCGGCUGGCCGCGGCUAGAAGUACAUAGUCAACGUAUAUUUGACGUGAUAGAAAUGAUGACAGAUUCUACAACUCAUUCUACAACUCAGAACUCAUCAUUUACAUUAAAGGGUUCACUCGGCAUGCUUCUGCAGAAUCUCUCCAGGACUUUACUCGUUGGACCACUCGGCCUUCUUUUUUUCAGCAAAGGCGGUCAUACCUGUAGAAACAUUAGUUUCCUCAUCGGCCACCCUAACACCAUAGUCAAAAACGGCGGGACGAAAACUCACCAAUUUUCUGAUCCUUGCUUCCAAACAAACUGUGGAACAAUCUCCGCUCAUACUCAACACCUUCCCGCAACGACAACUCCUGACUCUUAUUCACAACCUCCUUACCCGCAACAACAGCAACUCGACUAUACCCGGCAAUAGUCUCCGCCGUCUUAAGCGCAACCUCCAACAACUCCUCCUUUCCACCAUCAACAACUUGCGCCGCAAGCCCCCACUCCCCAGCCUCCUUGCCACUAAAGUUCUUGCCCGUCAAAAUAAGCUCCAUAGCCUUACUCUUGCCAAUGGCGCGAGUGAGACGCUGCGAACCACCGGCGCCGGGAAUAGUGCCGAGCUUGAUCUCCGGUUGUCCGAAGGUCGCGUUCGAGGUGCAGUAGAGAAUAUCGCACAUCAUGGCGAGUUCACAGCCGCCGCCGAGAGCAUAGCCGGAUACGGCAGCUAUGACGGGUUUGCGGAUUGUGUUAGCGAGAUGGGACCAGGGGGCGAUGAAGUUGUUUGUGUAGGCGGCGGCGAAGGUUAGGGGGGCCAUUUCUUUGAUGUCGGCA